AUGGGCGAAGAAGUUCCAAACGGAGACGGAAAAUUAGUUUUAAAACGAAAAAUAACUCUCUUCAACGGGGUGGGAAUAAUAAUUGGGACGAUAAUCGGUUCUGGUAUUUUUAUUUCGCCGACUGGAGUUUUUCAACAUACAGAAUCGGUGGCGACUUCGCUCAUAAUAUGGCUGGUGUGUGGCCUGCUGUCGACAUUGGGCGCUCUAUGCUACGCGGAGCUCGGCACUUCGAUCACGAGGUCCGGCGGUGAUUACGCCUAUAUCUACGCCGCAUUUGGGCCCCUACCGGCGUUCCUCAGGAUCUGGAUCGCACUGCUCAUCAUUAGACCAACUACGCAGGCGAUCGUCGCCCUAACGUUUGGACAUUAUGUCGUUAAGCCUUUCUUUCCGGAGUGCGACCCGCCCCAGGAUGCCGUUAAACUCCUCGCCGCCGUGUGUCUCAUUAUUCUGACUGCCAUCAACUGUAUCAGCGUACGUUGGACGAUGCGUAUACAAGAUGUGUUCACAACAUCUAAGCUACUAGCAUUAGUAAUUAUUAUAAUCGCGGGUGUCUCCUACAUAUGUAUAGGGCACACCGAAAAUUUUGAACGGCCAUUCGAAGGUAAAUAUGAUGCUGGCAGUAUCGCCCUCGCCUUCUAUUCGGGCCUGUUCGCAUUCGGUGGCUGGAACUACCUCAACUUUGUAACAGAAGAAUUACAGGACCCGUACAAAAACUUGCCACGUGCCAUUUGGAUCGCAAUGCCAAUGGUGACGAUCAUCUACGUGAUGGCGAACCUGGCCUACUUUGCUGUUGUCUCCAAAAUGGAUAUGAAGUCAAAUACGGCUGUGGCUGUUGUGUUCGGCGACAUCUUGUUCGGCGGCUGGAGCUGGCUGAUCCCGGUGUUCGUGGCGCUUUCGACCUUCGGCGGUGUCAACGGCGUGCUGUUCACGUCCGCGCGGCUCUUCGCGACCGGCGCCCAAGAAGGACACAUGCCCGCCUUCUUCUCGCUCUUCCACAUCGAGAGGCAAACGCCGAUCCCCUCACUGUUCUUCACUUGCCUGAUCUCAUUACUGAUGCUGACUACUAGCAACGUGUUCGAUCUGAUAAACUACUUCUCGCAAACUCUGUGGCUGUCUGUAGGGGCCUCGGUUAUUGGUAUGCUCUGGCUGCGUAAAGCGAAACCGGACAUUCCUAGACCGAUCAAAGUGAACAUCGUCAUACCUUGCCUCUUCUUGGUGGCUAUUGGAUGCCUGGUGAUAAUUCCCGCCAUAACCAACCCCAAAGACACAGGGAUAGGCAUCGCCAUUAUGCUCUCCGGUAUACCGGUCUACUAUCUAUGCGUCAGAUGGAAAACUAAACCGGACAGCUACCACAAAUUCUCCGGCUGCGUGCUAAGGUUCAUGCAGAAACUCUGCUCCUGUGUUUACCUUGAUUCCAUAGAGAAAAUGAACAAU